AUGGAUAUACCCUACCGCACCUUUGCCACUCGGAGUUCUCGUCCGAAUGAGCGGUUCGAGCAACUGAGUCGAGGAAAUGUUAGUGGUACCACUAAUGGACAUUCCUCAAGACCACCUGUCUCCUCCUCUCGAAAACGUGUCAAUGUGGUCACUUUCCGGUCCACGCCCUCACCCGUCCCCACUCCUGAUGACGUUGAUAAAGACGUUCUUCCACCACUCACCAAGCAACCUCGUUGCACAACUCCGGUCGCAGUUCCUCCGCCAGCGCCCCUAAACAUACCUACUUCUGUGUCUACUAAACACGAGUUACGAAGUGGUAGUGAAAAUUCUCUCGCUGCCACUCCCUUAAUCGCACCCAAGUUCAGAAGGGUGGAGUACACUUCAUCGCAGUGGCGAUCCCCACAACUUCAGUCCCAAUCCCUCGAGAACUAUAAAUCAAGUCACCGGAAUGGACCCACCCAAGUCGCCCCUCUGAAACCCUCUACGGCCAAUCAGCGCCAGAAACUCCCCUCCAGUCAACCUUCUAAACUUCCGCCCCCCACCACAACCAAUCAAAAGCCAGAGGCGGCGGAUCCCUAUGCCUGGGUGGAGGAAGAAGAGCCCGAGCCGAAGCCAUCGGAGUUCGCGGUACGCGAGGAGGACGAAGUGGAUGAUGGUGUCAAACCGUGGUUCUGGCCAGCGUCUAGAGAAGCUGCCAAACAAAUGACUCCGAGCAAUACCAAAGCGACUGUCAAGACUGAUCCUAGAGCUAUCAAUCGCAUUGCGAAUGACGGUGGUGGUGCUGGUGGUGGUGACACUAAACCCAGGAAGAUUGUUGUCCCCAGAGAUCAAAAAUCGCCCUGUCGUCGUGUUGUCUUCGUCCGUCUUGGUGUUUACACCGAAGGCGGGGGAGUGUCAUCUUCGGUUCGUGAUGUCUCGCUGAUAAGGGUCUAUCGAUCUAUCUAUCUAAUCUGGAUUCAAGUCCGCAUCAUGAAAGUGCCAAGUGAACACUACGAUAUCGAGUCUGCAAAACUUCAAACCACUACGUUAAGUCUCAUUCUCUACACCGUGGUGGAGAAGGUGAAGGACCCGUCGGAGUGCCAGGAGCGCGGUGAGGUGCAACACGCCCUCGACGACAUGAACUACCUCAUUGACGGCUUGAGCGACACCAACAGCACGAAUACUCGCUGUCUCAGCGUUUUGACACUGGCGAACAAAUGCCUCACCCCUGCGACUCGCGAUGUCAUUCAUGCCUACGGUCUCCUCAAGCAGAUUUGUGCCAAUCUUCAUGAUGCUCACACCGACUACGAUCGGCAAAAUCGAACCGAAUUUGUGGCCGAGUUUGCAAACAGCGCGAAUUCCGGUUUCUUGGAUCGACGGGAGACCAAUGUCGUUUGUCACUGCCAAGCCUGGGUCACAGCGUCGGCAGCAACGAAACACCGAAUUGUGAUUUAUGACCGCUGUGGCACGCCCUUGUCGAACCCAACCCACUCUCUCCACGCCCGUGGUGUUAAUUUGCGCGCGCUGUCGCCUCCGUCCGACACGCGCUUGGUGACAGCGUCCAGCCUCUCCGGCGUCUCGCGUGGAGGAAUGUGUCGGUUCCACAAAUUGAUUUAUAAUCACAGUUUGGGUCUGACGGCAGCUGGAUUGUUCUUCGUUCUCUCACGUGACCGCGAUCCCGAUCUCCUCACGAGUGAAUCGCUGGCCGUGCUCCUCAAACUCCUUCACGCCCCAAACAGGACCACGUCACCGCCGGCGCGAAGCGGACUUUUCGGACGCGGGCUCCGGCCCCCCUACCAUGGCGCCAAGACGGCGUCUGGCCCGCCGAGGGAGCAAUCCGAGUGCACUCUGCGCGGGUGUGAAUGCGGGUCGUGGCCUUACGAGGAGCGAGGCCACGCGCAAGCUCUCUGCGAUGCCGCGAGUGGGCGCGACAGCACAAUCAACGCGACUUUUCACACGCCACACGCGCACGUGUGCGCUCGCGCUCUCGCGUCCAUAAUGGAGAACGCGAGUGUUGAUUCCGCCACGUCGACAGGCUCCUCCAAGUACACGAUUGGCGCGGCCUCGCGACAGACGCGUCUCAACAAGGAGGCCAGUCAGAUUCGCACGCGGGUGCAGCAGCUCCUCGAGGCCGUGGCCGCACAGCAGCAGAAGCGCAGCCAGAAGCAGCAGGAGACCCCGGUGAAGUCGCCUCAGCCAGCUGCUGCUGCUGCCGGAAUGGCUGCUCUCUUUGUUCGGAAAAACCCCGGUGUAGCGUCGCUGUUCUCCGGCGCGUCGGGCCAAAAGCUGCUGAAUGCCAGGCACUUGCGCAUGAACCGGCAACUGACCGCACGUGAUCUGGUCCUCGAGGCAGUCUUGAACUUGUCCACUCGAAAAGCCGCGCCUUGGUUCAAAUCGGGCAUCCGAACAGGCGGUGGCCUGGACGGAGUCGCAGAGGCCACCAUUGACGCAGUGGACUACUUGAAGGACCUCUGCACUGCGGACGACCCGGGAAAGUGCCGCUUUUUGCCCACACCUGCUACCCACAACCCUACCGGUUUGGAUGAUUUUUCGUUGGAUAACCUGAAGCGAGUUGGAUAUUACGCUAAGAUGCUCGAGAACAUGACUUACAUGAACUCUGACAAUCAGACGCAUCUGGUGCGGUACAAGGAGCGCGCCCUAAUCGACCGUUUGGUGCAGUGCAUCCACCUCUGCGCCUCCCGACUUCCACGUCACCCUCCCCCCUCUGUUGCCUGGGUGGAGCUGUUGCGCAAGGAGUCAGAGGAGAAGGCAGCCCAAGUCCGGAGUAGUGGUGAGGACGAAAGGGAGCAGCAGCAGCCCCCCACAUCCUCCACCGAAGGCGAGGAGUUCAACAAGACGUCAGCAGCAUCAGCGUCGCCACCGACUGAUGAAUACCAGCAAGAUCAGCAGACACUACUCACCUGUCUGUUAUCCAUCUUUCGCUUGUUUGUUAACGUUUCACACAGUGAAUACGCUAGUGACCGUCUGGGCGGUUGUCCAGGUCUUCUGGAGGCCACUCUCGACUGUCUCUUUCACCUUCCCGACCGUCUACCAUCAUCUCGUCGUUUCGACCUCCUAAUCCUCAUUCUUUGUCUCUUGGCUAACCUCUGUGAGCACUGCCCGGAAAACCGCAUCCGCAUCGUGCACUUGGAGGUGCGGAGUUCCGAAAGCGUCGCCGGUGUAAACCAUGGAGCAAAACUCGACAAUGUUGGUUAUGAGGAUGACGAGGGAGAGGGCGCAGCGGACGGCUCUCCUCGUCCUUCGACCACUCCGACCAUCCCCACCGUUUCUGCCCUUGACGAGGUCGUGAAGCUCUUCCUCUACCGCGAGAAGAAGACCCUAAUGCAUGAGUUCGAACGCGACGACGAAGAAGGGGAGAGGUCGGAGAGGAAGAGCGAGAAGGCUGAGGAGGCUGAUUCGACAACGACCACAGCUACGUCGACUCUCCAGCGGCCGAAGCCACCUCCUUCGUUGCUAACCGACGAUGGUGCUAUGGGGGAGACAAUCGAAGAGGCCGGGCUCAAGUGGCGUCUGGUUGGAGGAAACAGACACGGUGGUGGCAACCCCUUGGCCGGCGGCUCCCGUUCAAAAUCUUCGAAGCGUUCAAGACUGCGCGCAAAACGACGCAGACGUCGGCAGGCCUUGCUAAGCCGUGGUGCCAACAAGAAGACGAAUUUCGACAAGGCUGCGAGCUCUGAUGAUGAGGUGGAGGAGGAUGACGAUGAAGACGAGGAAGAAGAAGACGAUGACGAACUGUGCAGUGAUGAGGACGAGAGCGAUGGGAGUGACGAAGAGGAUGAGUAUGAUGAGGAUGACGAACUUUGCGGUGGGGCUGACGUCGAAUUCGUCACGGAGACUCAGGAAGAACAGGAGAAACUCAAGGAGCGCAUGUCUUCGGCUAAUCAACACAUGGAGGACUCCGUGGUCGCUGCAUAUGCCUCCCUCCUCUUGGGUUGCAUCUUGCAAUCGAGUCCGCGCUACGCCGAGCGGAUUCGCGCUCGCCUUCCAGAGCCAGGCAAGUUCCGUCCGCUGGCCAUAAUGUUGGCCAAAUUGCUCUCGUUCCUCUCCCUUGCAAGGGGCGUGGAGACAGCUGGCUCGGAGUCGAUUUUGCGAAUCGUACGAACCCUUGAGGCACAAGAUCAACCUCUCUCCUCCACCGACUCCCAGGCGUCCACAUCGUCAAACACCCUGCAGCCUCCCACAACGCGUUCGGCAUUGCGAGCGAGACAUGUGUGA